AUGUUGCGAUCACUCGUUGCCGCUGCCCUUUUGGGUGUCAGCUCUGUUGCUGCCAUCAAGUGCACACGCAGUAGCCACUGUCCCGAGGACUCUCCUUGCUGUUCCACUUAUGGCGAAUGUGGUGUUGGCGCGUACUGCCUUGGCGGUUGCGAUCCUACCAUGUCCUUCUCUCUCGACUCUUGUGUCCCUGCGCCCGUCUGUGAGGACCGCAAGAUGAAGAUGGACAACAUCGAUAGAGUUGUUGACAUUGGCAAGUAUCUUGGUGAUUCAUCAAAGGCCGACUGGGUUGCACAGGGCGAGCCUGUUGUCUUCAAGGAUAACGUUCUUCUUACUAUGCCCAAGGACAGUGUCGGCACUCUCAUGUCUUCCACUGUCUACAUGUGGUAUGGCAACGUCAAGGCUCGCUUCAAGACUAGCCGAGGCCCUGGUGUGAUUACUGCAUUCAUUCUCUUCUCUGAUGUCAAGGACGAAAUCGACUACGAGUUCGUAGGCACAGAGCUCGGCGAUGCUCAGACCAACUAUUAUUUCCAAGGAAUCACAAACUAUGAGAAUUCAGAAAACAUUACGCUCUCUGACACCUUUGCCAACUUUCACGAUUACGAAAUCCGAUGGACUCCCGACAGGAUCGAGUGGUGGGUCGAUGGCAAGAUGGGCCGAUCCCUCGACAAGAAAGAUACCUGGAACGCCACAGCUAAGAACUUCAACUUCCCCCAGACCCCAUCACGAGUCCAGCUUUCGCUCUGGCCCGGUGGCAAAGAGGGAAACGCAGAAGGCACGGUAUCCUGGGCGGGCGGGCCUAUUGAUUGGGAUCAUCCUGAUAUCCAGAAGAGCGGUUACUUCUAUGCUGCUUUCUCCGAUGUUGAGAUUCAAUGCUUCAACGCCAAGUCUGGGCCAGGCAGCAACUCGGGUACCAGCUACUGGUACACGGACGCCCGUGGUACUAACGAUACGAUUACCGACGGUGACAAGAGGCACACUAUUGCUUCUCUCAUGGCCAGCGGUGAGGAUAUGGACAAGGGAAAGAAGACGGACGAGAAGAAGAAGGACAAGGACAAGGACGAUGAUAAGGACGACAAGGAUAGCAAGGAUGAUAAGGAUAAGGACAAGGAUAAGGACGACGAUGAGGAUGAUGAGCCUGCCACCAUCCCUGGUGGCAGCAGUGGUGCACCCACCAACGACCAUAACGACGACGAUGGUGGUAACUCGGGCUCAAGCUCGGGCUCAGGCUCAGGCUCAGGCAGUGCCCCCAAGGGCAACCCUGACGGUACAGACGACACGGAGCCCGCUGACACCACCAACUGCGAAACCAACAGCUUCAACCAGGACUGCGCAAAGUCUGAUUCCAGCAAGAGCAGCUCUGAGGACAGUGGAAAGGGAUCCAGCGCUGGGUCACGGAACGGCGCAAGUGCUCUGGCCAUCAUUAUUGCUGGCGGCGCUCUGUUCUGGCUGUGA